AUGCAUAGCUCGUCAGGAAUAUCUAGUACGUUGAGCAAAUUUCAAGGCCAGGAAGCAGAAGAUAUAGAGCCAAUAUGUGAAAAAACAGAGACAUAUCCAUGUCCUGACUCAAGUUAUAAGUUCAAAUUAUGGCUCCAAAUAUCCAUCUUUAUAUUCUUGGUGCUCUCUGGCCAGAUAGUUGUAACACUCUUGGGUAAAGUUUAUUACAACUACGGUGGUAAGAGCAAAUGGAUAGCUACCCUUGUACCUUUUGCUGGGCUUUUUGCUAGUGGGUAUUGGAGGAAUUUGGAGAAAGAAAUGGAAGAGUUUGAAUUAGGGAAAGCGUCAUAUAUUGUGUACUUGAGUUUAGGAACUAUUUAUUCUCAAGCACAAACUCUAGGUUCUAUUGGAUUGAUUUUCAAGUAUGAGUGGUUUAAAGUUAGUUUCAUUGGUUUUAGCCUUUUAGGGUUAUGGGGUUUUACAUCAUAUUUGUAUCAGCAGUAUCUUGAUAGUAGUUUGUUGGCAAAUGCUGUUGAAAUUAGAACCUCUGAUCAUGAUGUUGAUGAAGUAGAGUCCCACUUUUGA